ACACACAUAGAUAAAACGAUUGAUGAUGAAAGCGAUUCAGAGGACUAUGAAUCGGAUGACUUUGAAUUUUUGAAUGACUCACUGGAAUUGCCGGGCCAUUUUCGAUGUGCCAGCCAUACACUGAACCUCCUGUCCACAACGGAUUUUUCACAAAUUAUAAAAAAAUACGAAAGGCUUUAUACGCGCCACAAGCAGUCGUUUAUGCGCUGUUCAAAUAUUUGGAAUAAAUGUGGUCGUCCGAAAUCGGCGGAACUAAUAAGAGAUGUGUUGUGUUCAUCACUCAAGACACCAACAGUAACACGCUGGAACUCUCUCUUUGAUAGUGUUCAAAGCCUUCUAAAGCACAAGGACAAGCUAUCGGCUUUAUGCACAACUCUAAAUGUAACGAAAUUUGCAAUGUCCGAUAUUGAGUACUUGGAGAGUUACACUAAGUUAAUGGAGACUAUCGCAAGUGCCAUCGACUUUUUGCAGGCAGAUCAACAUAUGUACUUCGGCUACUUCAUUGCUGCCCUAAUAUCUUUGAAAAUCAAACUAACUAAAUUUCAAGAAAGCUUUGAAAUACGUGAGCUUGGUUCUGUUUGCAGCGAACUGGUAGAUUGUCUACACAAGAGAUUUCAAAAAUUUUUUGAAGGAGAUGAAGAGGCAAACUUGGCCAUCAUAGCGGCGAUGUCAUGUCCAGCUGUCAAGCUCCGAUUUUUGUCAGUGCUGCAGCGAACAGCACCCCACUUAACUGUGGAUGUUUUAAAAAAUUUAUUUAUUGAGCACGCUGCUCAGUUCAUUCCCAAAUGAACCAACCUAGCGAUACAAACAACAAAAACUUUAGAACCAUCUGACUCGUUUUUGGAGUUUGAAGAUGCAAGCAUAGGGGUACCCGAAACGACUGAGCAGGAGGAGAUUCGAAGGCAGCUUGAAACUUAUUUGGUAGAUCCUAAUACUUCUCUCAACUGCCUGGAGAAUUACAAAAUUAUUAGGGAGGUGUUCCUUAAAUUUAACACUCCGAUUCCGUCCUCUGCUCCUGUAGAGCGCCUAUUUUCUUUUGCAGGGAUAGUAAACGCUCCCCGCAGAAAGAAUCUGCUUGAUUCGAAUUUUGAAAAACUUGUUCUAAUGAAAGCAAACAAUGUUCAAAGCAAUUAAAGUCUAUUAUCAGCCACAACAAAAAUAAAGGGCCGCAACUGGGGCCAUACUUAAAUUUUUCAUUUCAUAGUUUUUAACUCUUAGAGGAAACAUUAACAGAUUUAAUGCUCAUUAGUUAAGUUCCCGUUAGAGUUAGUUUAAGGAACGUCUCUGAGUGCGGCUGUAUGUAUAUCAAAUAAAUUUUGUACACGUUGUACGUGUAAGUUUUUGAAGAAAUUUGUGUUUGUGUUUAUCUUAAAGAAAUAUUGUAAUUGUAUUGAAAUACACUGUAAAUUGAUAUGUACUUAUGUUAGAAAAUAAAUGUACAUAUGUUCAAAAGCCGAUACAUUUCCAAAAAUCACUUGAAAAGGCCUAAUUACUUUACUAUAUUUGGUUUAGUGGAAAAUCUGUUGAUUCCACUACUUUUGAAUUGAUUGAAAAUUUUUUACAUUACCACUAAACUCAUUAGUGGUAGUGGAAAAAAAUUCAAUUACCACUAAAGGCAUUUAUUUUUAGUGAACAUUUUUUCAACUACCACUAACGCAUUUAGUGGUAGUGAAAAAAAAUCUGAGU